CGCGGGGAGCGGGCGGCGGUGAGCGGGCGGCCGGCGGCGGCGGGAUGAGCGCAGCGCCCGUGUUCCUGAGCGCGGCCGAGGUCCAGCGCCACCUCGGUGGCUGCAGUCGCCUCCUCGCGCCCCUGGAGGCGGCCCUGGCCAACUUCUCCAGCGGCCACGCGGGGGGCGUCGCGCAGCCGGUGCGCACGGUGGUGCCGGUGGCCAGGCACCGGGGGUUCCUGGGGGUCAUGCCGGCCUAUAGUGCUGCGGAGGACGCCUUGGCCACGAAGCUGGUCACUUUCUACGAGGGCCCCCGCGCUGCCCCCGCCGGGCCCUCGCACCAGGCCACCGUGCUGCUCCUGGAGCCCAGCACCGGCGCCCUCCUGGCGGUCAUGGAUGGAAAUGUCAUAACUGCGAAGAGAACAGCAGCCGUGUCUGCCAUCGCCACCAAGUUUUUGAAGCCACCCAGCAGUGAAGUGCUGUGCAUCCUGGGGGCUGGGGUCCAGGCCUACAGCCACUAUGAGGUCUUCACUGAGCAGUUCUCCUUCAAGGAGGUGAGGAUGUGGAACCGCACUAAAGAAAAUGCCGAGAAGUUUGCAGACACAGUGGAGGGAGAAGUGCAGGUCUGUUCAUCCGUCCAGGAGGCUGUGACAGGUGCCGAUGUGAUCAUCACAGUCACCAUGGCAACAGAGCCCAUUUUGUUUGGUGAAUGGGUGAAGCCGGGGGCUCACAUCAAUGCCGUGGGAGCCAGCAGACCGGACUGGAGAGAGCUGGACGACCAGCUCCUGGCGGGCGCCGUGCUGUACGUGGACUCCCGGGAGGCAGCCCUCAAGGAGUCUGGAGACGUGCUGCUGUCGGGGGCAGAGAUCUUCGCUGAGCUGGGAGAGGUGGUGGCGGGAGUGAAGCCAGCCCUCUGUGAGAAGACCACGGUGUUCAAGUCUCUGGGAAUGGCGGUGGAGGACGUGGUUGCGGCCAAAUUAGUGUAUGACUCCUGGUCGUCUGGUAAAUAGCGCGAAGCGUGGCCGCCGAGGCGGCGCUGCAACUCCGGGUGCCUUGCCGCCAGUUGUCCUGUAAUUUCUAGAUCAAACGAGGGAACCCCGUGCCCGGCGGGCUGUAGUGUUGUCUCAUCCUGUCUUGCCUUAAUUGGCGAGAUCCUCCUUGCGUUGUAGCUGAGGGGAGCUGGGUGGCUGGGCCCCCCCGUGCGGGCUGCAGCAGCACCCCUUCCCCAGGCAUCCCACCGGCUCUUGUAUCUCCUGGAAAUAAAGCGGUUUCCUUUUCUGCA